AUUGCUUGUUGUUUGAGUGUAAAGGGCUGAGGGCUGUUUGUGUUGAGAAAGACGACAGGGUGUGGUGUGUUUGUGCUAACUGACGCCAUGAAGGUGAGGAAGACAGGUGGCCAUUUUACUUCCGCAAAGCAGCAAGAACUAACGUCUAUCGUCAUCCCUGGUUCAUCUGUUGUGCAUUCAUCAAAGUAAGAGUGUGAGAAAAUCCUGGGACUACAGGUAUUUUGGAGAAAAAAAGACCUGGACUACAAAGUUUCUCAUACUUUUACUUUGCUGACUGCACAGCUAGAUGAACUGGACAGGAUGAAGUUCAUAAAUAUUCCUUUAAACAUAAAAAACGAGUGUCACCAAGUUAAAUGCGAAUUAGCAGGGUCCUACACAGAAGGUGGUUGUGUGGAUCUUGAUAAAGCUGCCGGUGUUGUUAAAAGUUACUCUGGUGCACUGAUUCCCCUCAUAAAACCAAAGAGUUACAGUGUGAGAGUGUGUGGGCAGGAUGGCACAGUCUACGCAGGGAAUGAGGAUCAGCUAGAAGCCUGGAAAGAUUUCUACCUUCCAGAGAGAAUGGAGAUGGAGGUGAUCGGUGCGAUUGACGAUUUCCCAUGUGACGCGUUUGGCCUGCAGUUAGUCCUCUUGCUGUGUGAAGACGGGAACAUAUAUGCUUAUGAAGAUGAAGUUCUGCACCUUGUAGCCAGAAGUGUACAGGAGCUGUUUGAAACUGGCUUGACCUUUCCCGGAUUAGAAUGCUACAAGCUAGGGGAAUGUUUCGAGGAUUGCACAGAGGAAGAAUACAACGAAAUCAUGGAAUCUGAUGACAUCAAGGAAAUGAAAGAGGCACACAACAAUUUCCGUGAAUCUUUGGAGCGUGAACUACUGGAAAGUCUAAAGGAAUCCAAAAGCAGUCAAUUUAAGGGUGUGGAAGAGGGCGUGAUCCAGCCCAAGAAGAAUUCAGACACAGUGAAAGAGUGUUGGGAGAUUGUUGUUUGGAACCAUAUGCAAAUACCUUCAUACAUAAUGAUAAAGUAAAAUAAAGAAAGUACAGUAAUAUGUACAGUACUGUGCAAAUGACCACCAUUUUGUUUCGAGUCAAAUGGCCAUUAAGUACUUAUUGUUAAUUAUUUGGUGGCAAACAAUAAUGAUGGGAAAGUGUACAUUAUUUUCAUUUUAAGUCAAACAGCCAUGCAGUACUUAUUUAUGCAGGUCAAUAAUAAAGUUCAAUAUUACAAAAAAUGCUUAAACAUUUCAUACUGUUUCUACUGUUAAAAACCUUUAUGAUUUAUAAACAAUAACCGUAAUGAACAAUGAUGGGAAAAAGUGUUUAACAGAAAACCACAUCAUUAUUCUAACAAUAAGUACUAAAUGGCCAUUUGAUGCAAAAUAAACGGGUGAUCUCAGACUUUUGCACAGUACUGUAUGUAUAUGUACAGUGCAUUGCAUAAGUAUUCACCCCCACCCUUGGACUUUUCUCCUUUUUCACCCCUGUUGUUGUAAAAACCCUAAAUUAGUUGAAUGGUGUUUGUUUAACGGUGUGCAAUCAAAGUGUCAUGUGAUAAAUAUACCUGCUCCUGGAAGGUCCCAGAGUUUGAUAGAGAACAAUACCUCAUCAUGAAAACCAAGGAGCUAUCAAAACAAGUCGGGGACAUAGUUCUGCAAAUGUAUCAAUCAGGGUUUGGUGAUUUAACAAAUAUCCCAAAUAGAGCACCAUUAAAUCCAUUAUUAACAAAUUGAAUUAUUUAACUAUGAAUUAUUUAACUAUGUUCUCUAACAAACUCUGGGGUCUUCCAGGAGCAGGUGUAUUUUUUAUACUGAGAUCACAUGACACUUGCACACAUGUGUAACUAUUCAGCUAAUUAUGUGACAUCUGAUGGCACCUGAUUUAGGGAUUUCACAUCAGUGGGGGUGAAUUCUUAUUCAUUCAACUCUUAUGUUUUUAUUUGUAAACAUUUUUGCAAACUACACUCACUGUCCACUUUAUUAGGAACACCUGUACACCAGCACAUUCAUGUAGUUAUCUAAUCAGCCAGUCAUGUGGCAGCAGAGCAAUGCAAAAAAAAAAAGCAGAUAAAGGUCAAGAGCUUCUGGUAAUGUUCACGUCAAACAUCAGAAUAAGGAAAAAGCGUGAUCUCUGUGACUUUAAUUAUGGCAUAAGUGAGGCUACCAGAUGGGUUGGUUUGAGUAUUUCAGAAACCGCAGGUCUCCUGGGAAUUUCACACACAGCAGUCUCUAGAGUUUACACAGAAUGGUGCAAAUCUGGCAGGAAGGAUAUAGUAACACCAGUAAGCACUCUACAACUGUGGUGAGCAGAAAAGCAUCUCAGAAUGCACAAAAAAUCGAACCAGUUGAAGAUUAGAAAAAAAACACGCGGUCUUUUUCCAGUCUUCAACUGUCCAGUUUGGGUGAGUCUGUGCCCAUUAUAGCCUCAGAUUCUUGUUCUUGGCUGACAAGAGUGGAAACAGAUGUGGUCUUCUACUGUUGUAGCCUAUCCACCUCAAGGUUUGACGUGUUGUGCUUUCUGAGAUGCUUUUCUACUCAUGGCGGUUGUAGAGUGCUUAUUUGAGGCACUAUAGACUUCCUGUCAGCUCAGACCAGUCUGGUCAUUCUCCUCUAAUCUCUCUCAUCAACGAGGUGUUUCAGCCUGCAGACCCUCCACACACAGGAUGCUUCUUGUUUUUCGCACCAUUCUGUGUAAACUCUAGAAAAAAAAUCCCAGGAGUUCAGCAGUUUUUGGAAUACUCAAACCAGCCCUUCUGGUACCAACAACCAUGCCACGGUUAAAGUCACAGAGAUCACAUUUUCCUCAUUCUGACAUUUGAUGUGAACAUUAACUGAAGCUCUUUACCUGUAUCUGCGUGAUUGUAUGCAUUGUGCUGCUGCCACAUUAUUGGCUGAUGGAUAAAUGCAUGAAUGAGCAGGAAUACAGGUGUUCCUAUUAAAGUGACUGGUGAGUGUAUAUUGAGUAUUAUAAAUAUUAUGGGGUAUUUUAUGUAGAUUCAAAACAUACUAUGUAAUCUCAAUUCCAUUUCAAUUCCAAGGUGAAACAUUACAAACAAUUUGAAAAGUUCAAAGGGGUUUGGGGGGGUCAGUACUUAUGUUACUGUGUGUGUGUAUAUAAUUUUUUUUUCUUUUAUGUCCAAAUGUAUAUGAUGCUCUCAUGUACAGUUGAUUGUUUAUAGAUCCUUGUGCAAUUCAGUGUAGCCAGUUCACCUUGUUUAAUGUUUAAUUGAAGCUAGCUUAAUUGAAGCUAGUGACGUGUAUCCACUUGAUUUUAUGCAUUGUGUUGCUGCUACAUGAUUGGCUGAUUGGAAUAAUUCCAUGAAUGAGUGUGGUUCUAAUAAAGUGGUCAGUGAGUGGAUGCAAAAUCAGCAUUAAUAUAUUUGUUAAUGCCAUUUUAUAUAGAGUUAAUGUUGAUUUGGCAUAUAUAGAACUUAAUGUAUUAUAUUAACUAUCUACAUCUACUUGUCUGUAUAACAAACUCUGAAAUACCACUCAUGUACAUUCUGUACUGAGUGUAGAUAUUUGUAAUUCAUUGUAGGGAUUUUGAGAGCACAAUCUUUGUUUCAGUUUUACAGUGAUACUUCAAUAAAGAUGAUUUAAAUCUUA